GUGCGAGGCUGCGGGGAGCGCCGCCAUGUCCGGCAGAGGCAAGGGCGGGAAGGGGCUCGGCAAGGGGGGCGCCAAGCGGCACCGCAAGGUGCUGCGCGACAACAUCCAGGGCAUCACCAAGCCGGCCAUCCGCCGCCUGGCUCGGCGCGGCGGCGUGAAGCGCAUCUCGGGGCUCAUCUACGAGGAGACGCGCGGCGUGCUGAAGGUCUUCCUGGAGAACGUGAUCCGCGACGCCGUCACCUACACGGAGCACGCCAAGAGGAAGACGGUCACGGCCAUGGACGUGGUCUACGCCCUCAAGCGCCAGGGACGCACCCUCUACGGCUUCGGCGGCUGAACGCGGAUCUCGGACCUUAACGCUGUCAAAACACCAAGGCUCUUUUCAGAGCCACCCACACAUUUCACAACGAGAGCUGUUUAUUACUACAAGAACAUUCUUGCAAAAUGAACUCUCAUCACUCCAAGUUAAUACAAUGUACACUAUACAAUUUAAUUCACAAGCCUGGGAGCAAAACUUUAGUUGCAAUUACAGCUCUUUUUAGGAAAGCGUGGGGGCUCUUAAAAGAGCCGUUUGGUUUAUAGUUCAAAACCGUUUUACUUGGAGCUGGUGUACUUGGUGACAGCCUUGGUGCCCUCGGAGACGGCGUGCUUGGCCAGCUCGCCGGGCAGCAGGAGCCGCACGGCCGUCUGGAUCUCCCGCGAGGUGAUGGUGGAGCGCUUGUUGUAGUGCGCCAGGCGCGAGGCCUCGCCGGCGAUGCGCUCGAAGAUGUCGUUGACGAAGGAGUUCAUGAUGCUCAUGGCUUUGGAGGAGAUGCCCGUGUCGGGGUGCACCUGCUUCAGCACCUUGUACACAUAGAUCGAGUAGCUCUCCUUUCUUGUUCUCUUUCGCUUCUUGUCGCCCUUCUUCUGGGUCUUGGUGACGGCUUUCUUGGAGCCUUUCUUUGGUGCUGGAGCGGAUUUCGCCGGCUCAGGCAUCCUUAAAAGUUUCUUUCCAAGGUCUUCACUGUACCUCAACAGCGCCGAAAAUGGCGCCUGCCCCCCCUAUUUAUAAGGGUGUUAUGCAAAUUAGAGGAUUGUAAUUGUUCCAUUCCUAUUGGAGUAAAAAAUACUAACGUAAUUACAGGCACUUCCGCCCUGCAACCGUCACAGCUUGGGCGCUGUAUGUACACAAUCGUUGCGAUUUGCAGUUACGGUGGUGGUGGUACUGCCUCCACUAGUGAGAAAAAAUAAAUCUAAAUACCUCAUAAAAACUGCACUGAGUUUACACUCACUAACGAAAUUAUUUAAAACCUCUGAUCUUAGUGCACUGGGUAUUUUGCAAUACUCGGGAUCUUUUUUUUUUAGAACGUUUAGAGAAGGAUAAUACUUUGUAGGAGCUCUAACAACUAUCAGAGAAUUAAAAAUGCUUUAACACUUCUGAAGCCCAAAUUCAGUAAUAAACAGCUCUCGUUGUGAAA